CACAGAAGAUCCUUCUUCGCCCCUCCUCCUCGAGUAACGUUAUUGGCAUUGGCCACCAUACUUCACAUCAUCGCUUAUGUUUUCAGUGAAGCUCAAGGAAGGGCAGAUAUUCAGCUACGAUUUUGAGCGAGAUUAACCCAUGAGACUCUCAGAGCCUGAGCAUGAACCAGGGGAGAGGUGCUUGUUUGUGGACCUCAGUGCCUCAGCACUACCCCGCACCAUGUGAUCGUUACAAGCAUGCGUCUUGUGCCUACAGAGGCCAUGUUUACGUAUUAGGUGGCAGAGAAAAAUGCUCACUGAGAGAUUUCUGGAAAUAUAAUGUGGGGGAAAUAUAUAUAUAUAUUUCUAGUCUGUGACAAGUGGGCCAUGCUUCCCUAUGAUAGCGAAGAAGCACCUGAAGAACUGGAGGAGCACACAAUGGUAGCAUAUCAGGGGUUUAUGUAUGUCUUCGGAGGAAUGCAAGACUCAUCAUAUACUAACUCAAAAACACCUCUUUGGGUAUUUGAUACAGUUAAAGAGUGCUGGAUUAACUGGAAAACAGGGAGUGAACCUUUACAGGGAGUGACACCAGCAAACAGAAAAGGGCACAGUGCUGUUAUCUUUGGGUCAUCUAUGUAUGUCUACGGUGGAUACAUUGAUAUAAGAGGAUCAACGAAGGAAUUCUGGAAAUUUGAUUUUGAUUCUAGGGGGUGGUCGCUACUAAGCAGUGUACAAGGUGGGCCUGGUCCCAGACAUGGUCACUCAGCUAUGACAUACCAGGAUUCUAUGUACCUUUAUGGUGGCCUGCAGGGCCUGAGGGAACAGAAGGACCUGUGGAGCUGGAGUUCUGCCAGUCAAACCUGGAGCUGCAUCAAAUUCCAUUCAGGUCCUCCCAGGCUGGUUGGUCACUCUGCUGUAUUGUUGAAGGACAGCAUGCUCAUCUUUGGUGGUGGGGAAACCCAGAGCUCUCCUCAGAGCAGCUUGUGGAGGUUCAACAUGGAAAAACAAACCUGGAAAAAGCUAGCAUUGUUGCCUGGAUCCCCCUCUCUGUGCCGGAUCCAUCAUUGCAGCAUUGGCCUAGGCCAGAGUUUCCAGCCAACAGUUCCAAACAGUGUCUAUUUAAGGGAAAUACCCAACUCUCACAUCAUCAAUAACAGGCUAAGACCAUUUAAGAACAAGUGCCAACCAUCCCGCCCCAAUUUGCAUGAGCCCUGCAUUGAGCUCAAGACUUUCCACAUGGACAAUAAGAAGCAUUCACCAGAUUUUAGUAUUGCACUGAAAGACACUAAGGUGAAAGGAAGCUGUCUCACCUUUGAGAACCAGGAGGCUAUUAGUGAGAAGCGGAACAGUGUUGACCUGGCAGAAGACACCGAGGAUGCCAUGUUUCUCCAUAUGCCUGACUUGCUGUUAGUUCUGGGUGGUAAGCCUCUGCAAGGACAGCAUGUGAUUUCAGUGUGGCAUAUGACAGUGGCAUAAAUCUGUUGUUUAUAGUGCAUUCUACUUUCUCUGUGAGAAAUUAAUGGGCCUUAGCAACCAUACUAAUAUCCUGUGGGAGAACAAUUGAGUUCAGUCAUGUACAAAGAUUUCACACUGUCUGUAAUUAUUACUGUGACUCUGAGGAACCACAUUCACUCUGAAAGGCACCAAUUAGGGCUUUUAUCUUCCACAGAAUAUGUCAUUAGUUUCUGUAAGAGUUGGAGAUGCUGGUUAACAUUUUACUAUUGGAUCAAAAUUUUAUAUUAAAGAGUCUUCACCAAGUGUGAAA